ACAGCUUGCAAACGUGGUUCGGUGAAGAAACUGUAAAUAAAUAGUAAACUUGCGGUACACGUGUAAAUCUCAUUGUGUGAAGGUUGGCUCUGAUUUUGAUGAGUACGUGCUGUGCUCGUUCGGUGUGUAGAACUUCAGUUGUAACGUAAUCACACCCGAACCGUUGCUCUCCGGAGUCUCUAACCACAUCUUGAAAUGGCUCGUCAAAUCUCAGCUUCUAAUAACUGCAGAGUAUUUCUAGUUGGGGUAGCAGGUUUUCUAUCAUCAGCGUUGAUAUUUAUGCUCGCUGGUGGUGCUGCGUGGCUAGAUGGUUCAGUUUACCAACCCCAUGGACGUCACUUUAGGCCUACCGUGAACCGGGCUGUAUCAUCGGGAGUUGGUGAUGGGGAGAUCAAGGUGCGAGGACCCACCACAUUGCGAGACGAAACAGCUAAUCCUCAAGUCGGUUUUCAGAAGUCUGGACAACCCCGACUUUGUACUUCUAUUCCCAAACCCAGGACAACCGAAGAUACUCCAAGCGGUGCGAAGAUUAUUAUCUUAGCAUCAAUGAGAACUGGAUCUUCCUUCGUUGGUGAGAUGUUCGGCCAAAAUAGUGACAUUUUCUACCUUUUUGAACCCGGCCUUGCACUUCAUACCACUCUCCAUCAACGAGGUGCUGUAUUCUUACAGCCGCUUUACAUUGAUUUGUUGGACAGCAUUUAUCAAUGUCACUUGACUGGGUAUGAAUAUUAUUCAAAAUGGUUAUCGAGGCUGGUUCCAGAAGAAUUUUUAAAGAAAGCCCCACCGCUGUAUAGAGUGCUGUGCUCUAAGUCCAAAAAUUCUUCUCACUGUGGGAAAGUUACACCUCAGCAUUUCAUGCAAAUAUGUAUGGAUUUGAAGAAAGUUGCGAUCAAAUCAAUUCGUAUCUCUGACAUUGGAAGUCUAUUACCAUUGAUCAAAGACAAGACGGUCAAUCUGAAAGUGAUUCAUCUCGUUCGUGAUCCGAGAGGGAUGAUCGCUUCGCGGGUGCUUGCCAUGAACGGAAUUAAGAAUGUGACGGACAAAGAGAGAUCAUUUACGGACGGAACGAGGGCAUCACUUAUCGACUACUGUUGGAACAAUUUGCACAACACGGACGUGGGGAAGAACCUGCCCAAAUUCCAAGACAACUAUUUACUCCUGAGGUACGAGGAUGUCUCUUUGGACCCACGCGAAGCGGCUCGACGCAUCUAUAAUUUCACUGGUCUUGGUGCAGUUCCUGGGAACGUGUCCAGGUGGAUUCAAGAACACACGAGUGCUCACGUAGCCGGGACUUACUCAACCUCACGAGUGUCAUGUCAAGUCUACCAAUCUUGGCGCUCCAGACUCAGUUUCCCAACUGUUAAAACCAUUGAGGAAGUUGGAACCUGUUCUCAAAUGAUGCAAAGAUUUGGUUAUCUCCCAGCUAAAGAUCAAGAACAUCUGACUAAUCUAAACAUCUCUCUUUUAUCUGACACUCUGCCUGUUCUAAAACAGGAUAUCUACGCUGUAUGAUAAACAAAGCACUCUGGGAACAUGCGCCAUUUUGUGUGAUGACACUCGUAAGUUCACCUUCAUGCAAAAGCGGUUUUGUCACUUCAUUUUUCAAUUGAAACUGUCAUUUAAUUUCACUUUGAUGCAUGUGGUUCAGUUAAAAGGUAGGACAAUAAUAAAUGACACGUACUUUUUGUUUUAAAGACAAGUAUCCUCGCUUGGUGUGCUCUAACAUGUGGGCAACAUAAAAACCUUUGGAAAUUUGUCUGCAAUUGGUCACUCGGAGUCGAAUUUGCAAGAAAGCAAUUAAAGACAAAACUAAUAAACUGUGUGCUUUCAUAUGCCAGAGACCCAAAUAAUCUAUUUUUUUUUGGGGGGGGGGUAAAAACAACAGAUUUCUUAAAAAGUAUACACAACUAUUUUUCGAGUAGGGUAGUUGACAAAGUUGUUUUUUAUUUACUGUAAAGGAUUCGGGUACUUAACUUUUU